CAGAAUUCAUGCUUCUCCAUCUCUCUCUUUUACACCACUUGUACAUAACUUACAGCAUGUACAGUGCUGAAAACCCUUGAUGAGGGCGAUGCGACAACGCUUCAUGCAUGUGUGUCGAUCGGCUGCUCUGCGACACUAGCACCGGGCGCAACGCCGCCACGAGACCUUGCCGCCCCAACCACCAAAUCAUCUAUUAGCAGCGAAGCUUAGCCUCUCACUGCUUGCUUCUACCUCUUCUUCAUCUGCGCUUCUUGCUUCAUCUUCCUUGCUUCUCCCUGUCCCCCAGACCCUCGCAUUGCCUCGUCGACAGGCCUGCAAGCAAUUCUGCCCGCGGGGCCCAACGGCCAUCUCGAGCCUGACGCAACGCCAGAAUCGCUGCGGCUCAGUCAAGAUGUAACGAGCCCCUCGCCAUUCCAACGAGAUGCAACCCUCAACUUCAGCCUCGGGACGGGCCCAGGGCCGCGCUCCCGGCAGCUUCUCUCCCUUGCCCAGCAUGCCUCGCUCGUCUAGCGACAUCCAGACGCCGGUGUCGUCACGACCACCUCCCCUGCGCAUUGACUCUCCCAGCAGUAGCGAGGAGAGCUCGCCUAUCAUUACCGUCCCCAAGGCGCGGCAGCAGAGCAGCAACACCCCUUCCACGCCCAUCUAUCAGCAGUUUUCCACGCAGUUUUCCACCAGUCAUGCCAACUCGAGCAACGCCAGCGUCCAGCAGACUUAUCCUCGCCCCGCCGCACCCGCAGCCCGAACCGCAGCUCAGGGAGCUUCAUCGCCCGUCCUCAAAACGCAUUCGAGGAAACACGCUGCCACACAGGGCAUGUUUGAGCCAUCCCUGCCAUCGACAAGCACCUCCAACCUCUCCCAAGUCGCCAUGAACCACAACGGCCAGGCCGCGGCCUCUGCACUGUCGGCCAGUCAGAUCGCUGCGCAGGCGGCUGUCAUGUCUCAUCAAAAUAUCCUCCAGUCGCGACAGCGCUCCCAGACAGCCCCAGAGACUGAAGGCGCGAGGAGAGGGAGCGGGAGCAAAGGCCCUAUAAGCCCACCCACUUUGAGCUUGACGGAAGCGAGUGCGCCGCGAGAAUCUGCCUUCAACGCCCAAGGAGGAGCACAUCAAGACAGGCUGGGGGCUGCAUCGCAAUCAUCAGCUGCUGCUACAGCCGCGGCCAAUGUUGUAUUCCCCCGUUCUCCUAGCAAUUCUCCCAGGGAUCCGUCUGCAUCACCACAACCGCAGCCAUUCCCUUCUCUACCCACCGCAGCCUCCACCUCCACCAUUUCAGAGAAGCCUCUCUCAAAAUCGGAAAAGGCAAAGGCAAAGCUGUUCUCUCGGCCUUCGAAGAUUAGUGCCAAGGACACUAAGGAAAAGGCAUUGCCAAGCCCAGGCAAGAUUGGUUCAGCUCUGUCAGCUCUUCAGCGAAGCAACUUUAGCUCGACCAGCCUCGCGAAUCCCAGCGACCAGUCAUUUUAUGCUCUCAACAACUCGUCGUCGGCAACCAUUCGGCCAAGCGAGGUGACGGGAGAAGAAAAGACCAAGGAGAAGGAGAAGAAGCAUCACUUUCUAUCAAGACAGAAACAGAAGCUCAAAGACGAAUAUCACUUGCCUCUCUCAUCGGCUGCUAGCAACUCAAGGCCUACCGAUCCAAAUGCGCCAAACAGCCUUUACAACUUCAGCGUCCCCGCCAGUCCAGGCCCUACCACUUCUACUUUUGCAAAAGCCAAGAAGGACAAGAAAAAUGCGGAGAGAUCUGACAGUCGCAUGGACAGCGAAUCGGUCCCUGGGGAUUGGCCGGGAAGCAGCAGCCUGCCAUCCAUGUCACAACAGUCUAGCAGCUUGUUCGAGCCGAUUGAUUUUGGGAAAUCGGUGCUGACCAACUUAUCCAUGGACGAUGCCUGGCAUUACCUGAAGCCAAAGCUUCUAGUCAUUUUCCAAGGCGAGGAUCUUCGUGUCCCAGUUGAGGACAUUAACCGCAUUGUCAACCUACAUAUUCAAUGGUGUGUUCAUAAGAGGUCACCGAAUAAAAUGCUAGAGGACCUGAGGGAGCUUUUAUCCUCAGGCUUCGCUACGAUGGAUAAAACCCUACGAAGAACGCCAGACGAUCGCUUCAUGCCGACUCUGGUGGAGCUGUGGCUCUUUACCUUUACUUCAGUCCUACCGUAUAUGCAGGCAGCCUUACUGCCCCUUGAUCUAGAGGUAUCAGGCUGUGGAACUAUCAUGACAGCUGAACAAUCUCGCGACUUUUGGGGCGGCGUUGUCACUGCUCCCUCUCCCUCGCCCGGACAGGAAGCACGGGUGUUGCCUGCAGCUGCCGCUCUCGAUGUGAGAAGGCUGGUCUUGACGGCCUACCGAGACGCCGUCAUCUUACCGCGGUACGAUACUCUUAAAACGAUAUUCUCCCGCCUGUCUCUCGAGUUUCUACCCUCGGCGUUUGCAAACAUGGCACUCGCUUCCCCUCCUCUAGAACCCAGCCUCUCGGCAUCACCCCCUGAAUCCUUCUUUUCUAUGGCUCGUCCAGGCACGGCCAUGUCUCUCGACCCUUCAGUUGGUUCCUACAACUCUACGAGCACCACCCUACUCGGAGACGGCUCUGCUGGCAGUCGCAGUCGAGCUGUGAGCAACGUCAGUCUUGGCAGCCGGGGAAGCGAUGGAAUGAUUCGUCCUUUUACCCCGUCGGGCGCCCUCAGCAGUGUCCGUGAGCAGAAUGUCGAGGAUUCGAAGCAGGUGGCUGAUAUGGUGGGCCGGAUGCUCCAGUGCAUGAGCGUGCUGUCGAGCAUUGGGGGCGUGGGCGGAGAUGUCGAUGACGAGGGCAACAGGAAGAUGGUUGAGUUAUGCAAGAUGCUUAAGCUCAACUGGUUGGGCAGAGGGCGGACGGGGCGCAACAGGAUGGGUAUUGUCGGAGGCAGAGUUCGGAGAGAUGAAAUUCGUGAAGAAGUGCGAGUUGCAUAAGCUUUUUUUGUUACUCGUUUUUCGCGAGCUUUGAUAUGGCUUUCAUUUACAUACAGUAAGGGAGUGUAUAUGGCGUUUUCUUUGCGGGCAGAGUAUACGUUUACAACAGUACGAUAUCAAGUGUAUUCUCAAAUUCCAGAUGAAAUUAAAGAGAGAAAUGCGCAACUUACUUGGAGUCUUGUACUGGUUGAGUUGUGAGAUAUUUUGGUCCAGUUUGGUUCUUGAUAUGUCCAUUUAUACCACAUAUCCCUUGGGCUUAUUCCCCUUGAUUAAUCUUCACAAACACGUUUACAAUGGUUAGUUGGAAGUACAAAGCCACAAAACAAC